AUGUCCUCGACAAAUAGCUCACUUCUCGACCUCACCGACAUUUCAACCAGAAAAUGCGAUACAGCCAGCACAAUCGAUCGACCACCAUUUCUUCCGGAUGAUGUACCAACAGCUUGGAUCCCCAUGACCAACGACUCAUACGGGGCUAUGUCUGAGAUUUGCUCUCCCAACCCUGUCAACCUCUACGCCGAAUGCUAUCUCUGGUGCGAACUGCCAGAUGCCUUUAUGGAUGAUUAUGAAGCCUCGGGGUCUGAUAAGUUCGGCUUUUACUUUUUUGACCGGCUUAGGGAGACUGGUGCGAACUUGACGGGAACGUGGAUACACUCAGCAAGAGAAGCUAGUGCGGCUUCAGUAAUAGUUCGUCCAUUGGGUAUCAAGGCUCUUGGGACAUUGGCUUUGGGGAUGUUUAUUGCCUUGAGUGUAUAG